CGUUUCUAGUCUAAGCGAUGACCCGGUGGCUUUGGCACGGGCCAACUGUGAUGACGAGAGGCUUUCUAUUGUGCCGUGAGCCUCCACGUUUGGCCUUUGCCAGAGUAUAAAAGCUUGGGUCGAGCGCUGAGGGGACCAGCACGAGCCAGCCUCCCUCACACGGCACAGCAAGCUAUACUAACACAGACUCUCCUGAAGCCCCUCACCAUGUCUCAGACUACCAAGUCCGCCUCCAGCCAGGGCACCGAUGCCAAGGACAAGGGAACCCCAGCCCCCGCCGCCUCCAGCAAGGCCACCAAGACCGGAGAGCCCGGCAUGGGAUCCUACAGAAUGAUGAUGUUCGACCAGGAGAACUUCCAGGGCAGGAUGAUCGAGGUCCAGAAUGAGUGUAUGAACGUGUGUGACCGUGGCAUGGAUAGAGUGCGUAGUAUCAUUGUGGAGUGCGGCCCCUUUGUUGCCUAUGAGCAGACUAACUUCCGUGGGGAGAUGUUCAUCCUGGAGAAGGGAGAGUAUCCUCGCUGGGAUACCUGGAGCAACUCCUACCGCAGCGACUGCCUCAUGUCCUUCAGGCCCAUCCGCAUGGACAGCAUGGAGCACAAGAUCUGCCUGUAUGAGCUCUCUGACUUCAAGGGCAACAAGAUGGAGAUCCAGGAGGAUGAUGUGCCCACCCUCUGGGCGCAUGGCUUCUGCGACAGAGUGGGCAGCGUGAGGGUGCCCGGAGGAGCCUGGGUGGGUUACCAGUACCCCGGAUACAGAGGCUACCAGUACCUGUUUGAGUGCGGUGACUACAGACACUACAACGACUUCUGCGCCUACCAGCCUCAGAUCCAGUCCAUGCGUCGUAUCAGGGACAUGCAGUUCCACCAGAGAGGAUGCUUCACCUUCACCUCCACCACCAAGUGAAUGCCCCACUUUUCUCCAACCCUUUCUCGAAUCUCCAACACCAACACCGUCAUCAACGCUCCAUCCUAAAACAAAGACAGAAUGAGAGCAAAACACACGGGAGAACCUUAACUGACUUUUUAUGGUGCUAAAAAAUAAAACAUGUUGUGAAAAACCUCAAA